AGGGGCCGAGGCGGCUACGCGUGCGCGGUGGGCGGAGCGCGGCUCUCCUACCUUCUCCGCCAGCCCAGUCCAUCCCAUCCUUGCCCAGCCGGUGCGGUGCUGGUGUGCCACAGCCUCGUAGCCGGGAGUCGCUGCCGAGUGAGCGCUCGGUUUUCGGGUCGUCAUGGCUGGCUACGAAUACGUGAGCCCGGAGCAGCUGGCUGGCUUUGAUAAGUACAAGUACAGUGCUGUGGAUACCAAUCCACUUUCUCUGUAUGUCAUGCAUCCAUUUUGGAACACUAUAGUAAAGGUAUUUCCUACUUGGCUGGCGCCCAAUCUGAUAACUUUUUCUGGUUUUCUGCUGGUUGUAUUCAAUUUUCUACUAAUGGCAUACUUUGAUCCUGACUUCUAUGCCUCAGCACCAGGUCACAAGCAUGUGCCUGACUGGGUUUGGAUUGUAGUGGGCAUCCUCAACUUCGUAGCCUACACUCUAGAUGGUGUGGACGGAAAGCAAGCUCGCAGAACCAAUUCUAGCACUCCCUUAGGGGAGCUUUUUGAUCAUGGCCUGGAUAGUUGGUCAUGUGUUUACUUUGUUGUAACUGUUUAUUCCAUCUUUGGAAGAGGAUCGACUGGUGUCAGUGUUUUUGUUCUUUAUCUCCUGCUAUGGGUAGUUUUGUUUUCUUUCAUCCUGUCCCACUGGGAAAAGUAUAACACAGGGAUUCUUUUCCUGCCAUGGGGAUAUGACAUUAGCCAGGUGACUAUUUCUUUUGUCUACAUAGUGACUGCGGUUGUGGGAGUUGAGGCCUGGUAUGAACCUUUCCUGUUUAAUUUCUUAUAUAGAGACCUAUUCACUUCAAUGAUUAUUGGUUGUGCAUUGUGUGUGACUCUUCCAAUGAGUUUACUAAACUUUUUCAGAAGCUAUAAAAAUAACACCUUGAAACACAAUUCAGUCUAUGAAGCUGUGGUUCCCUUAUUUUCUCCAUGCUUGCUGUUCAUUUUGUCUACAGCGUGGAUCCUUUGGUCCCCUUCGGAUAUUUUAGAGCUACAUCCUAGAGUAUUCUACUUUAUGGUUGGAACAGCCUUUGCCAACAGCACAUGUCAGCUGAUUGUUUGCCAAAUGAGUAGUACCCGGUGUCCAACUUUGAAUUGGUUGCUGGUUCCUCUCUUCUUGGUUGUCUUAGUGGUAAACCUAGGAGUAGCCUCUUACAUUGAGAGCAUUCUCUUGUAUACAUUAACAACGGCUUUUACUCUGGCCCACAUCCAUUAUGGAGUACGAGUGGUAAAGCAGCUGAGCAGCCAUUUUCAGAUUUACCCCUUCUCAUUGAGGAAACCAAACUCAGAUUGACUAGGAAUGGAAGAAAAGAAUAUUGGCCUGUAAUAAUCUUUCUUUGGGCAGAAAGAAGUACUGUAAAUAAAUGCUUGUAAAUAUUUCCUCCAUCACCAUUGAACUAGACUGAUCUGCUUGACAGACAUGGGAUCUCAGUAUGAUACUUGGAUAGCAGGAAUGAUACAUGUAAUCUGAACUUGUGAAAUUUUGGACCUACUAACUCUCAGCCUAUUUUAUUUUUUAUAAAACUAUGUGACAUUUUGGUUGAGCAGAAUGUACGUUAGACCAGCGAAAUGUUCCUAGUGGUUCUGACUUCAUGAGUUUACAAUGUUGUGAUUCAUGCAGAGUUAAAGAUGCUUUGUUUUUUUUUGUUUUUUGUUUUUUUUAAUACCAAAAUUGGUUUCAGAACACUGAUAACACUCAGAAAACCACAGUGUGUUUUCAUAUUUGGUACUUUGUAAUAGUGGGAGUAGCAAUAGUUCAAAUCUAGUACAGGGAAAGGAUAAAAAUAAGUCACCUUCACCAAGAGAUGCCAGUGAUUACCAAACAAUAGACAGUUGCCAAAUACUGGUUUCUCUUUCCCCUGAAAAUGGCUUUUGUCCUCAAAUAGUAAGAGAACUAACACAUUUAGCUAAUAUAUAUUUAGAUUCUCUAGUAUUCUAGCUCUCUUUAUUAUGGAACAGAUCUUGAUAAUAAUUUUCUCCUAAAGAGAAAUAAUCAGUUGAAAAUUUGAGAAUGGGUUGUAAUUAUAGCUCACCCAUUGGGAUGGUUUUGUUUAGAUGUGGCAUUUUCCCCCCUUCAGCUGCAGGUUCCUGAGAUUUGGUGCCUGUGAGCUCUGAUUGUAGGAAUGCAUGUGACAGUCCCAGUCUUAUGAUAAUGACUUGUGAGGAAUGCAGAUAAAAGUACCUUGUAAGAUAAAUAUAAAUUGGAGUUAGGAAUUUCAUGAACCUCUCUAUGACCAAAAUUAAUUUUUUGAUUCACUUUGUCUGUCUGUCUGUCCUUCCCCUCUCUCUUUUUUCAGGGUGGGGUGCUGUGUUUUUUAUUUCAUACGAGAUAAAACAGAGAGAAAUUCUGACUUCCCCAGCUUGUCCAUUUCCCCGCUUGAAAACUUUUGAUAUAUAUGCCUUACUGAGUACAUGCCCCCUUUAGUGUUACUAUGACUUGGAGUAAUUUCUGAGGUUUACUGACAAACAUAAAAAUCCCUUUAAUUUUAGUGUAGUUGUUGUGUAGACCAUAUUUUUUCAUGAUGUGGAUAUUUUGUUUCUUUUUUACUUUGUCUUCAUUUAAUUUGGUGGUGGUGAAAUUUACUUGCUAAUUUUCUUUUAUUUUUCACUGAAUGAAGUUUGUGCUUGAAUGAAGAGUGUAUCUUAAACCUCCUUUUUUUGGACAGGCUGCACUUGGAUAACAUAGGCACCACUGUGUUGAUAUGUAAUUAAAUUCGUAACUAUUUAUGAAUGUGACCAUUGUUAAAUUUAAUUAUAGUGUAUUUCUUUGUUGAAUUUCAGUCUGCUGCUUUGUAAAAAAUAACUGCAAUUGAUGUUUCAUUUUUAAAAUUUAUAAAUUCCAAUCAUUGUCAUUCAAGUUAUUAGAAAUGAGUCACGGCACUAGCUCAUGGUUCUAUACUCAUUUUUAAAAAUUGUAAAGGUUGAGGUAUAUUUGGUGACUUUCUCUGAGACACAGAUGAACGUUGGAAAUAGAUGAGAAAUGGAUGCAGAAAAAUGCAGGUAAUGAUCCCAUGUUUGUUAAUUGCCAUCAUGGAAGUCAGAGAAUUAACCAAUUAAGUGACGGUAACUAUUUUUUGUAUACUUUGUUCUUUGUGAUCUGUAAAAUUGAACUGAAUAAAGUGUUAAUUGGGGGUAGGGAAAAAGCUUUGUUUUAAGAUUUCUAAGCUAAUUAUUUUACCAUUUGUUGACCUUAUACACAAGCAUGAGAUUAAUCUGUAUUAUAUAAGAAAAGAACUGAUAAAUGUUUAUAAAAUGACA